CCAGGUUGCGGGUGUGUGCGUGUGCAGUAGUAGCUGCAAAGAGAGUAUGCGAAGAAAAUCCAGCAUUGCACACUCUUCUUCGUGUGUCCCGGUACCUCUUCUGGUGGUGCCCGUACGCGCACAGGCAGGCGAGGGCAUCGGGCAGCAGUUGUGCGCCAGGAAAAACCAAUGCCAGUCCCAACCUCAGGUCCUACGAUACUCGGUCGGUGUUGAUGAUGGACGCAAUCGGUGGAUCGUGUGUAGUUUUUUCUGUGUAAAGAGUGCAGAAGCGUGCCAGCCAGUAUCCUGCGCUACAAAUCCCUGGCAGUAGGUGGGUCAACAACAGCGCAAGAAGCGUGUUCCUGCGAGUGAAGGAUGCAUUUUGCACCACCAGCGUAUGUGUGCGUAUUUUAGUGUCGAUAAACACGGCCCCGCAGAAGUGUUUCUAUGCUGUAAUUGUAGCAGCAGCAGCAGGCAAAGAAGUUGCUCGCGUAUUGUGUGCUCUGUCGUCAGUAAGCGUGAAAUACAAGCGAAUCUCGUUUGGAAGAUGAUGAUGCCCUAGUUACUAAGCUACCCGUCUGGCAUUCGGCAGUAGUAGUAGGCGAAAAAAAGGUUCUGCAACCUCCUGCGCUUACUACGACGUUCUUCCGAUAAGUGUCGUGUAACUAUAGUUUAGCGGCCAGGGAGACCGAGAGUGUGCAUCCUCAACCUACCAGGAUGGGCUGCAGAUAGUGUUCGAUCAAUCGAUCCCGCAUAAUCAUUGUGAGUUUCGUGAAGGCAAGUGUACGCCCAGCGUGUACAUGCGAUAAAAAUAAGUGAAGAAUAAAUUGCUACUUCGAAAAAAUAAAAACAGUGAAAUAUUGUUAAGAAGUGAUUGUAUGAUGAUGAGUUGUUGCUGCUGCAAAUCUUCGUAGCCUGCUUUUAAACCAUCAUUUCUCCUCCGUACGUGGUGAAAAGUGGUGCGUGAGAAAUGAGUAACAUCUCAUGCAUGAGCAUGGUGAGAAGAAUACAGUGAGUGACGUGUGUGUAUCUCACCGUGAGGAUGAAAAUUAAAAGGAGCGCAAAACAGGGUUGCGUAGCAAGAAUGCGGUGUUUGUGUACACUACUUUGGGUGGUGAUGGAAGCUGGGCAGUAGCUGCAAAAAAAAAAAAAAAAACAUACGCGAGAUAGUACGCCUCUAACAACACAGUGAAGGUAUAUUGAGCUAAAGCAAAACAGAAAAACAACCGCGACAGGACACGCGAACGAUGGAUUUCAUCGGUGAUCUGCUAAAUCAAAUGUCGUCUGCCUUCAAUCAGGAGACGGCCAUUCCCAAGAAGGAGGAGAUCUCGAUGGAUGAAACGCUCAAGUGGCGUGCGCUCAAGAACAAUCAGUUUGCAUCCCGAACCCGUUUUCCCCAUCAGAUAGCAAGCGGCACCGGGAGCGGCGGCAGCACGCGCGGUGGUUUGGCCAACGGGCGCAAAAGUGGAACGACGAGCGGUAGCACCGCUUACAGACAGCGGCGCCAAACGGCUGGAGGAACCAGUAGCGAUAGCAGAUCGGCGGCGACAGGGGACGACGGCAGCAGAUCUCCGGCUUCACUGCUCGGAGAGAACGGAACGCUGACACACGAGGCCGCGGCAGAUGAGGAGCAGGAGGAGGGCGAGGGAGGAGAGGACAUUGAGAUAGAAAUCGCGAAGGAUAUUAGUGGCGAGGAGUUGCAGGAAGCACUGAGCGGGCUCAGCCAGCUGGUGGAAGUCGAAUCGGAGGAUUUUGGAGCAACGCUUGAGAUUGAAGAUCGCAUGGAAACGGGCGAGAAUAGUGGCGAUCUGCUGCUAGAGGAGGAAAAGAAAAGCAGCCCGACAAUGGAGGAGCAACGCAUUGCUAUGGAGACUGAGAUCGGGCUGGAAGAUUGUAAGGCGGAAGAUGCGAUCGACACAAAAGUGUCACUAGAGGUGCCAUAUUGUAGUAGCGCUAGCGUGAGUCCAACGGUGCUGCUAGAGCAAAAGGACAUAGUUAGUGAGCAGUUAGUAUUGCUACCGAGCAAGUGUGACACGGAUGAGACGGAUGCUCUGAUGGAAACGGACGAAACGCAGGAGUCGAAGACAUCCAGCAGCUUGGAGCAUGGUGAAACGGUUGCUGACAAAGGUUCUGGGUGUGAUUUAGUAGAAUCUAAAUCAGCUGCACAAAUUGACGAACAAGAGAUCGCGAUCGACACUGCUAGUAAAACCAUUGGGGAGAUCGAUGCUGACGCCAAAGUCGGAGAGAAUGACGUCGAAGAUCACGCGGGAACUAGUACUGUUCUAGCUGAUCCUGACGAUGUACCAAUGCUGGGCGAUGUGCAGGAUGAUGAUGAUGAAGAUGACGUGCUUAUUAUUAACACGGAUGACGUAGACGAAGUAGUAGAGCUGGCGGAAACAUCAAAAGAAGACGAAGAUGAUGAAGAAGAACUAUCGAAAAAUGACGAUCAUGAGACAACGACGGUGGUGCUGCAGUCAAAAGACGUUGAUGCUCAAUCCAUCGGAGAGGAAUCAAUAGAAAAGCAUGAAGCAAGCGAGCCAGAAUCGGAUGCUCCUGGUAAAGGGCAGAAUAUAGCUGAACGUGUAGAGGAAAAAUUUGACCCCAAGGAAUCGGCUGACGCAGCGAACCGAGAUGUGGACCAGGAUCGUGAUCGAUCUUCCAACGAUUGUGAUGAGAUCAAGUUUUCCGAUUCUUUAAAAGUAUCCUUAAGCGGAAACCAAGCAGAACAAAAUGAUCCUCCUCAAACACCAGUGGGCGAAAAGGUGGAAGAAAAGACUGAGUCUACCAUGGUGGAGGAACAUAAAAGCAACGCAAAUAAAACGGACGAACGGUCGGAGAAAGAGGCGUCAAACAUUUCGAUGGAAGUUGGUGCUGAAAAAUCCGAACAACCAGCAGCAUCAGCAACCGCCGGUCGAACAACGCGAAGCAAGAAGAUAACGGCGACGGUUUCUCCCGCGGCCAAUACAUCACCUCCAGCCGGAAUCACUGCCAUUACGACGCAAUCCCAAAGACGAUCGCAGCGCUUCCAGAAAGACUCGACGUCGGUGGCGUCCUCCAGUGAAGGUAAACUGAACGGAGAAAAUGCCGUCGAGCCAAUGCUGAUUGUAAAAGAGGAAGAUCCUGAUGAUACAGUGGCACUGAGGAAACGGGCUUCCGUUGGGGCAACAACUGCUGCAGAGACUAAGCUGAAAGCGGGCGUUAAGUCUGACCGAAGUUUGCGCAGCAAACAGCAAGGAAGCAGCGUAACAACUCAACCCAGCAGCAGCAGUAGUGUGAUGACUCGCCGUGCUUCGGAGACGAUAAAAGCUUCUCCAGACGAGUCGACCGAUACGCAGGAUGGGCCGGAUGCAGACAAAACGAUGGCCGGUCGUCGGGGAAGAAAACGUUUGAGUCAGGAUCGAUCGGCAGCUUCGUCGGUCGUUUCUAACGAUCCAGUCACUCGCACGAGAGAAAAAUCGACGAAGAAUGAGGAGGUGCCCAAGCUGGAAUCGUCAACCGUUGCUGGACAGGGCCGCGUAAGUCGCUCGGGGUUUCCCGUGGAACCGGACGAAAACGAUACCGGCGGUGCCAAGGUACCAGAUGCGCCAGAACCAGAAACAAUGGCACAGCAGCAGCAACCGGCGCAGCCGCAGCGUCGUGGACGAAAGAGGAAAAAUUUAAACGUCUCCGACAAAGAUAGCGCUACACCGACAGCUGCACCGUCCGCUGCGUCCGGUUCCGGUGCAGCAAGCGCGGAUAAGUCACUGCUCCAUCCGUACAAACGGGCAGCUAGACAGUCUAGGGACGGAAGCGAUGGAAUUCUUGCCUCAGCUUUGGCACGUCGUGAUAAGGUAAAUUCGCAAGGCCGCCUAUCGCGCCAGAUCAAGCUGUCCGCAAAGAUCCUGGCCAACGAAGAGCUACGGCAGGGGUACGAGCAACAAAAUAAUGGACGCAUUAUAGUUGCCCCCGAGCAACACGUCGCUGUCAAUCUAAAUGAGGACGAACUUUCCACGUCCGAUCGCGAUCGACAGGUUGAGUCACAAGCUGUUGAAAAGCAACGUAAACAGGGGCGUGAUGCUAACGAUUUUUCGAUCGCCAGUUGCAGCACAAUCGGUAGCAGUUCCGAGGACGUAACGCUGGUGUCGGUGAGCUUGCCGGCACCCAAGCCAGGUGUGUCGGGGACGAAACGAAACUUGACCGUCCAAGAUCCGGAUUGCGCCGCUUCCUCCUUGACCCAGCACCAACAGAAUAAGAAACUGGUAGCAGCAGCGUCUUCCUCCGAACGAACGACAGCUUUAAAACGAACGCUCAAACAAAAUGUUUCCAAUGCUUCGUCCUGUCCCAGCGUGGAGACAUUUCUGCAGCAGGUACGUUCGCUGCGUCUCGGCACCAACAGAUCGCCCGAAGAAAAUCGCAAGCUCAAUCGUCGCCAACAGAAGCGCAUGGUGAAGAUGAAGGAAAAGUUUAUGAACUCACUAAGCCUGCGGCGUCGCAGUGCGCAACAAUCUCGCAGCGGAACCGAGGGCGACGAAUUCGACGUAGAAGCGUCCGGUGGUGAGCCGGAAUCGAGCGGAAGUGAAGCAGAUUUCGUACCCACGCAGAAAAUCGGCACGGUCGGUAGGCCGAGCGUUACGCUGCGACUUCGUAAGCCGGAAACACUGCUGGAGAAUCAUACACGCAAAUCGACAGGUACUGCUAACCGUAUGCCCCUGGUGACGCUACCGAAGGCUGUACAGGGCCUCACCAAGCUGGCUGUGAAUGCUGGCCGUUCGACGGGCUCCGUGCGUCCGUUGGUCGGUAAGCAGACGAACGGAAAGGUAGCAACAGCUAGCAACGGUCCCGGAAAGGCACGCCAAACGUCCUCGAGUGCAGUCAUUUUACCGGCCGCAAUGACCACUUUGGGUGUACGAUCGUCGGCCCCGAAAACGAAUCCAACAACCGCCUAUUCGGGCGCAACUGCGCCCGUUAGCGCUGCAAUGCUCAAGGAUAAAGAAACGGAACAAUUGCAACGGUCACUGCAACGACUGGGCUGUGAGGUCACGUUGAUACCUACGACGGGCCGUACCGCCGAGCCACGUCCUGGCGGCUCUGCUACACCCACGGCUGGUCCAUCCCGGUCGGUAGCAAGUCCUUGGCCACUGCGGCGUGUAAAGGAUGGAGCACCAGCAGCACCACAACGACCCCGUUCACAACAAAAUUCAGUCACACCACAGCUGACGCUGCCCGGCACGAUCUCACCCAGCUUGCAGAUCGUGCUGGACGGUGCAGGUUCACCGCCGGUGCAGGGCGGUGCCGGCUCUUCCCGGAUGCUUUCGUCCAAAGCAGCUCCGAUCGCGCCGCCACCAUCAACAUCAUCAUCCGAAAACCUCGUCUGCCAUUGCCGCCAAAAGUCGGACAUUUUUGUGGCGAAAACGGUCGGAAAUGGGUACUGCACGGCGAUCGAUGACAUCGAUGGACAGCACAUUGGGUGCUGCAAUGAGUUGUCCAACGAUAUGCCAAACAUGUUGCGGCCGAGCCCGAGAGUCAGCUUUCAGCUGCUCUGCAACAUGCACCGGAAACGGCUGGAGGACCAUGGUUGCUGUGCCAUCUGUGGCCGAUUUUGUACGCAGGGGAACUUUGCCAUGUGCAAAAGUGCGCACAUAUUCCAUCCGCAUUGUGCUGACAAGUACAUGCUCAACACUCCGUACAAUCCGGCCCGCCCAGAAGACUAUGCCGCUCCAACGCUGGUGCUGAAGUGCCCCCACUGCAACCAGGAAUGCCCGAACAGGGAGAUUGAGGUGAACAUCCAGCUCACAUCGCCUCCGGUGCUGCUGCCCUCGCGGAAAAGUAUAGUGAAACCUGCCAAAAUGACGGUUUCGAAAACUGGUGGCAGCAACAGGGCGAAUGGUGCCAGCGGAUCCACCAACGUUAGUGAGAGUUUCCGUACGACCGUCAAAUCGUUGGUACCGCGAAGUUUGAAGAACAUGCUCUCGGUGGACCACAGUGCGAGCAAUGGUGGGGGUGGCAGUGGCAACACUUCUCACGCAACGACCUCUACCAGUGCUAGUAGAGCAAGUUGCACCGCUAAGGACAGCACUCCAGGAGCUGCCGGGAUGAAGAAUCGUUUUACGGUGAAAGAUUUUUCGUACGCUGUUUGUACGAAGAAAGACGAUGCGCGCGUGUCGGAGAUCAUCACUUCCGGAUUCGAUAUUGAGACACGGUUUCGAGAGUAUCAACAUGGUACCUGUCUGCAUGUGGUGUGUCACCACGGUACGCUUGCGAUGGCCUACCUGAUCAUGUGCCGUGCCCGCUCGGUGGACUAUUUAAACAUUGUCGAUCGGGAGCUGCGUACGGCAGUGAUGUGUGCGGUGGCUGGAUCGAAGUGCGAUAUCGUGAAGCUGCUGUUGGACAGUGGUGCCGACGCAACACUCAAGGGUCCGUACGGUAUGACCGUGCUGCAUGUGGCUGCCAAGCUUGGGCAGCACGCGGCCGUCCGCACUAUACUGGAGUGUGCGCGACAACGGUUGACCGCGCGCGACCUGAUGGCUUUCGUGAAUGCGGUCGAUAAUGGGCGGUGGACGGCAUUGGCCUGGGCUGCUGAGAACCGGCAUAAGCAGACGGUGGAGCAGCUGAUCUCGAUCGGGGCGGAUGUGAACGUGUGCGAUCGGCUGAACAAUACAUCCCUGCACUGGGCGGCCCUGUCCGGGUGUUCCGAUACGCUGUACCUGCUAAUGACCAAGGACUGCAAUCCGAAUCUGCAGAAUACCAAUGGAGAGACACCGCUACAUAUUGCUUGCCGUCAGGGUCAUGCGGAAAUUUGUGUGGUACUGCUAGCGAUGGGUGCCUCCUUGAAUAUUCGCAACACUUCCAAUGAGCUGCCACAGGACAUCAUCGAGGAUCCCAAUAGCGAGUGUGCAAACAUAAUAGCAGCGAACGUAAAAAUGCGCAGCCUGUCGAACAACUUGAAAGAAACGCACAUACUAUGCAGCGAUGUAUCCAACGGUAGGGAACGGCACCCGAUACAGGUCGUGUACUAUGCCAGGAAUGCUAACGAGCGGCAGCUUUCCGUGCCGAAGUUUAAGUACAUCCAGAGCAAUGUGCAGAUAGAUUCACGCAUUACAAUAGAACCUGAAACGCGCCAGAUGCCCGUAUGCUCCUGUGUGGAUAGCUGCACAUCGACGGAAUCGGAGUGCCUCUGUUCGGAACGUACCUGGUAUACAGACGAUGGACGGUUGGUGGCCGAUUUUAACUACCUCGAUCCACCGACGGUUAUCGAGUGUGGCGAUCUGUGCGACUGCAAUCGGAUGCAGUGCCGAAAUCGGGUUGUGCAGCACGGGCUCGACAUACCGCUGCAACUCUCCUACAUCCCGGGGAAGGCUUGGGGAGUGCGCACGAUGUUGCCCAUCCCGAAGGGCAGCUUUUUGGUGGAGUACGUCGGAGAGAUACUGUCGGAUGAAGCUGCCAACCAUCGGGUGGACGAUAGUUAUCUGUUCGAUCUUGGCAAUGGUUUUUGUAUAGAUGCCAGUGCGUACGGAAAUGUGAGCCGCUUCUUUAACCAUUCCUGUCAACCGAACGUUUCGCCCGUGUCCGUGUACUACGACCAUAACGAUCAGCGGCACCCAAGGGUAGCCCUCUUUGCCUGUCGUGACAUCGAUGCUCAGGAAGAAAUAUGCUUCGAUUACGGUGAAAAGUUUUGGAUGGUAAAGCGAGGCUCACUGGUGUGUCGGUGCAAUACGGCCAAAUGCCGCUAUCGGCAGGUGGUGGAGUAAGGCCAAACACGGUCUAAAGGACAUUCACAGAUUGCAGCUUGAGCACGUUACUCUCAUUCACGGAAAAGAGCGCACGAUGGAUGCGCAUUGGUUCAAGGAUUGUCAAGGGCGGUAGUAGCGAUGAUGUACUAUUUAUUUAUUUUUCUAUACACCAUUAGAUAAUUGGUAGGCAGCGCAAUCGAUAGUGAAAACGAGGGGAACCACUUUGUUGUUGUUUCCUAAACAUUAGGAGGCGUGUACAGACAAAACGCUCGCUUGUACAAAGAGGAUGAAAAGUUUGAUUGCACAUAUGCAGGAAGCGUGAACGACGAUUUCUACAGAUUAAUCAAAAACAAGGCAUAGGCACGAAUCGAAAUUGUAUCACAAACAAGCGGAGGGAUAAGACAGAAGGCAUCUUCACCGCAUGUCUCCCUGGGCCAUGCAUCGCCAUAUCACACACAUAGUAAAUUAAUGUAAGAGUCGCCAUGUCUGGUGUCGGUUUUUUGCUUCUUAUGUACAGAUAUGUGUAAAGCCAACUCCUUUUAAAACGCGUUUAGAUAAGUUUUAUUUGAAUCAAUGUUGCCAUUACGCGCACUACGAAGGAACGGCACUGCAAUAUAAGUGUGGCUAGACAAGUGAUGGUCAAGGACAACCAAUCAGUGGAGCCAUUUGGUUGGCUGUGUGUUGCUAAGUUACAGAAGAAAAUGGUAAACUGAUUGCAAAUUGCAACACAAAUGAACGGCUGCUGCAGCAACAGAAGCACAAAUGAUCGAUGUACCCGCUCGUGCGAGUAGGAAAAGUCAGCUAAGCUACGUACAGCAACCUUGCCUUGUACGUAUAUAUAUGCAUGUGUUUUGGUGUUUUGUGUGACAGUAGCUUAAGGAUUUCUGUGCUUGAAGAGGAGUGGUGUUUUAGGUUUAGUUAGAUUCAGUUUAGGGGCGUGAAAGGAGACGACAAAACGGACGAUCGUGUUUUAGUAUUAAAAACGAAAAGCAUACCAUAUGCCAUAUUUAGUUGCCACCGAUUUUAUUUGCUAUUAGUUUGCUAAAACCGGCUAGGGAAAAGGAAUGCAAGGAAGCUUUACAUUAGAACGGUUGCCAUUCGGUUUUAGGACACUUUACCACUUUAGUUUUAGCUUAGGCAUAUUUGGCUGCUGUUUUGCACAGACUAGACAAUACACAAAUAAAACAAACUCGAUUUGCUUUGUGGUCACAAAAUCGAAACCAAGGAACGCAUCUAAUCACACACACACACACAUUGUUCAACUCAUCCUAUACCAUCACGACGUUUGCUAGCGCGAGUAUAAUUUAUCCGUUAGUUAGAGGCAUUUUGUGUUUACAAUCCCUUCGUUCGCUUUUGUACUAACAUUUGGUGGCCAUUUUAUCGAGAUCGAUGAUAUAAGCAUAAGCAUAGUAGUAUACGAGUAAUAAUUCCUGUGUGAAUCAUAUUUUAACUAGCACGCUACACUACCAAAGCCAUGGAAUCGUGUGAUUCUUAUUUAGUUUAGUACAAUUCUUUUUGCUGCAAACACUGCUAUAAUGGCUGUUUGUUAGUUACUUUUACUUUUUUAGAUUUCACAGUAUCGAGCGUACGUAGUUCCUUUCCACGGUUCGUUCAUUUUGCCAGUUUCGCCUUGCUUUUAUUGCCGACAAACCGCUCUGUGGCUCACAUUUGUAAGUACACGCGUGUAUUGAUGUGCUAUAUGCAAGGAACUAAAUAGAUAGAACCGUAAGAUCGAGAUGAGAUGAGAUGAGAUAACGAAAAAAGAGAGAGAGAGAGACGAAAAAUGCAGCGAAAGAGAGCUAUAACAUAUUUAGUGUGGUAGAUACAUCAAGGCAUCUUUAAGAAUGUAAAAAAAAAACAAUAAAUCAAUGAACUAGUAAUGCAGUA